UGCCUGGGCUGGUUUAAGGGACUGCGUUUCCCUGCGCUGCCAUAGCAACCAGAAACAACCUCCACUGCAGUGAGAAGGAUGGUGCUGUGGCCGGGUCUGUAGGUGCGCUGGUAACAGAGCAACCGGACCAGGGACAACAAGGCCACAGGCAAAGGGGAGAGAGAGGUGGCCCAGAAAGUAGACAAUCCGAGGCUUGAGGAGUUUGGGUUUGCGAUUUAUUUUUCCUCCCGACAAAGACACACACUGUCUAAACUGUGUGGCCGGUUGUUACUAAGAAGCUGCUGUAUGAGGGGGAAAUGCGUUUAAUAAAAGGCCCAGUGUUUGUGGUCUUCUCGGGCUCCCUGCUGCGCUCAGGAAAUCUUGAGGUGUGACCAGUUUUCAGCCUUCAAACCCACGAUGAACGGCCCUUGAGAAGGGUGGUCAGAGGGAAAACAUGUUCCCGCUGUCUCCCCUGAGCCGGGGACAUGGCAAGUGGGUCCAGAACAAACAGAAGGUAGAAGUCUACUUUCCGUUGCAGGAUUACUUGAACUGGAAGUCUCCAGAAGAUUAUGUCCUGGUCUGCAAACCGCAGCAUAAGGGCGACCCCACCCAGCACACAUGGAGCCUCUCACUCCCUAAAACUUUCAGCACCAGAAAGGGAGUCCUGAUCCUCUACUCAGAAGGUUUAGCCCUAUCAGCAUGGACGCCCGGAGAGAGGAGAAAAGGCCCCUGGCGCCCCACAGGCCACCGGAAACGGCCGGGUCCGAAGCUGCUCACGCUGCGGGGCCUCGGAGAAGCCAUCCUGGCUCACGAAAGGAGACAGGACACGUCGAUAGAGAACCACCAUCGUAUGCAGGUUUCAAAAGAAAACCACAAUGAAAAAACACAGCAAACCUCCAGGAGGGCCUUUGAGCAUGCCCACAUUGAUCACCCUUGGCUCCUGAGUGACAAACCCCACAUUACGUUCUAUGGCAACUCCUUCCCCAGUUGGGAGGCAGUUCUCAGCGACAAACAAGCGAACAUGAAACUCCACAUGGGCGGCCGGCCUCCUGUGGCCUCUGCCACUGACUCAGAAAAACACACACCUGGGGAGCUGAAGAAGAAAAAGGCUUCAAAGACCUUGAAAUUACCUCCUAUCUCCCAAGAACCACCCGGAGCCCUGGACCCCCUGAGGAGUCGAUUUAAAGCCAGAGAGCCCCCAGCAGAGCUCCUCGUCUUCCCAGUGGAGAUUCAUUUCCACACCCGGCACCCCUCAAAGGAGAACGUGCACAGAAGAGACGGAGAUGCCGCAGCAGAGAAGGUGACCCCGCCACUGACCCUGAUCGAGGGAAGAGAAAGUCCAGAGGGCCAGAGGGGCCCGGACGGCCUAAGGACGUCAGGCCACAGCAGCCCCGCAGGCCCCUCGAAUGUGAGCUGUUCCAGGGGCGCACUCCCAGCAGAAGGACAAGGGCCACCAGGCAACUGUGAUGUCAGCCGUUUGAACGCCACCGCAUGGAAAGGGGGAAUCGGCCGUGUUUCCAAAAUGUCAGUGGGAUUCAUGUUCACCACGCAUUUUCCUAGAGUCAGUACAUGUUCAGGGGUUUGCUGCACCAGCACGUACUGCCAAGCUGCCCUACACUCUCCUCACGCCUGGCAGCAGCGUGCAAUGACACAACUCCCUGCACUCCUCAGGGAGACACGCUACUGGGUCUACCAGACAGACUCAGCCCCAAGGCAUGACCCCCCGGGGGAGGAGCCCAGAGACCCCUUGUUGCUGGGACCCUUGUUGCUGGGUCCUGGAGGAGACGUCUGCCUGUCCCUCCCAGGGCCAACCCAAAGUGAGACGCUCCUGUCGGGUGAAGCCUAUGAAUCUGUCAGCUCAAAUUUCAGCCAUGAAAAUGAGGGGUCUAGUAUUCAACAUCUCCUCACAGCAAACACUGAAUCUGGAACCGAUCUUCCCAUGGAUCUUAAUAAAACCUCACCUUUGACCCAAAAGCCAGAGAAGCGGGCAGCCCUGCGGACCUUCGAGGCAGCAGCUCAGGAGGCAGGAGAGCCUCAAAGUUGUAUAAAUAAAGGGCUGAUAUGUUCAAACAGAAAAGAAUUUUGCACGCGCAAGCUGCUCAUCGACAUGACACCGUUCCUGAAGGAAAGUGAAGAUGAACUGGACUAUCACCAAGAAGCAGGAGGACCCCUCAGAGAAGAUCAUCAAGACACCCAAGACCCAGAGCCCAGGACUGUGACCCCGGACCCUCUCAGUGCUCCCUGGGCUGAAAACAUCCAGAGGCCGGAGGCAGACACUGUCCAAAAGGCGGGCAAAGAUGAUGACAUAUUCCAUCUGCACAGAAGCCUCGCAGAACCUGGGCCUGAGUCCCCAGGGAGGUUGGGUCCUGUCGACACACCUCUUCUUCCAAAGAAAAAAGAAGGGAAGACGAAACCAAGAUUGUCCAAGCAGCAAACACCAGCCAGCAUCAGUCGUGAGGAGAUGGAGUCGAUUGACAAUGUCAAGAGAAAGAAAAGAACUAAGACAGACAAGUCUAAGGUGCCCAAUGGGGAGAGAGAAGGAAAGGUCCACAUAGAAACGAAGACUGUUGUUGGAAAGUCUAAGGACCCAAAGGCUAAAAAGAAACCAGAGCUAAUUCCCAAAGGAAAACAAUCAGGUGUCAAAAGGAAAAGGACACAGAAGGAAAGGAGCCGGGAUGCAGCAGCGGAGCUGAGGGGGCCUGAUGUCUCUGACGCCCAGGGAACAGAAGAAGGCACCCCAGACGGAGGUUUCCCUCCUUCGGGCUUUGAUGGAGAGGAGUCGGGGCUUUUCCCCAGAGCGGACGCUCAGGAGAGCCAGGUUUCCAUAGACGAAAGAUCACCGCCCACCCCGACUGUGACUGUCACAGGAAACACGGACUCGGAAGAAGACAGCAGCCACGGGGAUCCUCCGAAGGCGCUCCUGGCCAAGAGGGAGCAGGAGAAAGCUCUCCGGGACAGGCAGCGAGCAGAAAGGGCGGAGAUGAGACGGCUGGAGGUAGAGAGGAAGAGAAGGGAGCAGGAGGAGCAGAGGCGGCUCCGGCAGGAGCAGCUGCAGCGGGCAGAGAAGAUGGAGGAGGAGCUGGAGCUGGAGCAGCGCCGCCGCGCAGAGGAGAUCCGCUUGAGGAAACAGAAACAAGAGGAGGAGCGGCAGCGGCAGGAGGAGGGGAGAGAGCAGUGGCUGCAGCGGCAGGCGGCCCAGGAGAGGGCCCGGCAGCAGCAGGAGGCGUCCCAGAGGAGGCUAACUGUGUUCCCCAAGAGGGACCCCUGCCGAGACCAGCCCCUUUUCUAUCCGGCAGCGGCAGAGCAGCAAAGGCAGCAGGAACUGGAAAUGAAGCUGGCCGCGGAACACGGGCGCCUGGAGGAAAUGGCUGAAGAAGAGCGGCUGGAGUACCAACGGCGGCAGCAGGAGGCAGAGGAGAAAGCUCGGCUGGCAGCAGAGGAGAGGAGGCAAGAGGAAGAGGAAGCAGCAAGGCUGGCCCUGGAGAAAGCCCUGAGACAAACCCAAGAAGGAGCCAGGCAAAAGUCUGCUUUGAGGAAACAUCUUCAUUUCUAUCAAGAACUCCACAAGGAAGCCAAUGGCCUGCAGUGGGCACACAGGAUUUCCAGACCAUGGGUCUACUCUUACUUCCAGUUCCUACAAAUACCCAGACCUUAAGGCUAGAAGAAAACUAAAAAGUAAGUUGGGAGGUGGUAAAAGAAAGAGAAACUUCCUUCUAUAAUGAUGUUCCAUAUUGAACCCAGUUAGUUCCAUCUCGUCUUGUUCACCUCAACCCACACCUAACUUCAUCCCAUUCCCAACAAUCCUCCCUGCCACGAAUACCUUACUCAAUCCAGUUAAACUAUUCACGCAUCUAAAUCCUUUACCCUCUCUAGCAUCACAUGAAUUCAAUUCAGAAGCUUUGGUGCCUAAAAUUGACCCAAAAUUUCAUAAUUUGUUUGCAUUUCAGGAAAUUUCAGUUAGUAAGGCACUAACAUAAUCUUAGGCUAGUCCAAACACUUCAUUUUCAUUAAUGUGUGAAAAAGUUGCAAGUAAAUGGAAAUUCUGUAAUGCAGAUUCUGAUUUAGCUAAGAGCAGCUCAUUCAUAUAUUAAGAAUUUUAUUAUAUUCUUGAUAAAGCAAAACCACAUCCACUUCAUCCUAAAAAUCUAAUGUCUAUUUAAAACAAGGUAAUCAAUUGCUAAAUGUUCAUUUGAGCAAUAUGAGCUGCUUUGUGAGAGUAAUCUCACACCCUCAAAGUAUAGAUUCUAGAACUGCACUGUCCAAUAAACCAUGUCGCUAUUUAAAUGUAAGUUAAAACACUCAAUUCUCCAGUCACACUAGCCACAACUCAAGUGCUCAAAAACCACAUGUGGCUUACUGGCUACCAUACUGAACAGCACAAAUAUAGAACAUUUUCAUCAUCACAGAAAAUUCUAUUGGACAGCACUGUUUUAGAACCCUGAAAAUUAACCAAUUUUAAGGUUUGCUCCCACCUGUGAUUUGAAGAAUAAACCACAGACGUAAUUGUCCCAUUUUUUUAAAAUCACACUAUCACUAUCUAGGAUUGAUCAUGGAAUGAUUAUUAAAGAGGAUGAAAGAGCCUCAGCAAAGAUCUACAAAAGGAUACCAAAGCAAGCAUUAUCUGAACCUGAACUUUCCCACAAAUUCCCUUUGCCCUAUGCUAUACUUCAUGCCCACAGCUGAAAAACUUAGUAUUUGCAGGGGACUCCCUCGAAUUUCCCACUAAUGCCUGUAAGGUACUUGCUUUCUACAGGAACUGCACUUCUACAAUCCAGAAGUCAAACAUAAUUUUGAUUCUGUAUUGCUGUGUUGUUGAACUUAUUAGACUUGAUACUUAUUUUUAACUAUGUUUUAUGUAAAAUAGCAAUAAAAUGACCCAAACAUUGGCUAUUAGUCAUAGCGAAUUUAAAUGUCAUGCACUUCUUCUCAACUUUGUUGACCCUACUUACACAUUUACUCAUUCAUUCAUUAAUACUUUAUCAGAUGAAAAAGGAGUAUCUCAAGUAAUUUAACCAAGAACAGAAGAACACUCAAGGAAAACAUCCCUGUCAUGGAAAUUACCAUUACUGACUUUAUUUUCUUCCUUCUUUUACAAAUUUAGGAUGUUGCAGUCAAGCACUAUGUAAAGCGGCUACACUAAAUGUUCUUGAAGCUCCUGUCCAAAUCUCAUAUGCUAUUAAAUUAUUGCCGUGAAAGGCCUAUUUUAUCAACACUACUACACUAGAUAAGCACAUUUUAACCAUAGCAGAAUGCAUUGCAUUUAGAAGAAUCCAAUUAACUGCAAUCAAAAUAGUUAUUUCCCAGUAGCUAAGCUCUACUACCUAAUUGCUGAGAUCCUUCACAGAUGCAAACAAAAAUAAGAUACCAAACUACAUAUUCAUGUAUUCUGGAUAGCUCAAAUAGCCUAUCAGGUUUUGUUACUCGGGCCUGAUACAAAUAUGCAACUCAGUGAAUAUUUUCUACAAAUGGAUCUAAUUUCUAAUCACUGUUGAAUAUACAGCAAUGAAAUAAAUGCCAGGUGACGGUCUAAAAGUUCUAAUUUACCUAGACUAUACAUGUAUAAUACAAAUCAUUUUUCAGGUAGGGCUAAAUAUAGGUUUAUAAGGCAAGCCAAUUAUUUUUCAACAGGUGACCUGGUUAGGGAAUUUAUAACAAUUUAUAAAAUGCAUUAGAGAUAGGUUUUAUUUGCUCUUCUCAAAUGUUCAGAUGGCAUUCUAUUUGGGAUAACACGAAACUGGAUUACGUGUUUGCACAGAUAUACUAAAUUCUGUGAUUUAUUAAACAGUUAAGAGGUUAGCCAGCUGGUAUGCUCAAUGGUUGAGCAUUGACCCAGGAACUAAGAGGUCAUGGCUCAAUUCCUGGUCAGGGGACAGGAUUGAUCC